UCCGAAUUAGAACACUACUACAGGGCUCUUCUUGCCCAUCGCCCUGUCCUGGGUCCUUUCCACAGCAGGGCCCCCAUGGCUGAUGCGGUUCAACUGCUCACGACGAUGGCCAUCCCCGGCUGGCGCGUAUUCAAGCAACCCAUCCAGUUCAACAGUUCUGCCCACAAGUCGGCGGCAAGAGCAGGUGCAGUCGAUCUUGUUUCGCAUUCCGAGAUCGGCCAUGCAAGCUCGUGCGAGGCGGCAGCAGCAGGAGGAGCACUCCAAAGCGGUCAGAUAUGGCUCCUUGUAGGGCAAUGGAGACCCAACAGGGUCGCCACAAUCGCAGAAUUCUUGGAGCGUAGCUCGGGGCUGUACUACAGCAUACUCAUGCUUCAACAGCAGAAGGUGCGUGACUCACAGUGGGCGGCCAUUAAUGUAGCUAACAAUCUCAAGCUGUCCAUCUACGACCCUUGUCAUACACCCGGCAACUCCGGCCAUGCCAUGCGCAUCGGGAGCAUACAGAGCCUUCACCGUACCCGGCACAUGAUCCAAGUCCUAAAAAGUCGUAAACGAAAGGUCAACAUCUCCCGUGGCCUAUGGAUUGGGUGCUGGCCAACCCCCCUGCCCAAGCGUCUGUUUGAACUAUCCUCCUUUGCCUGUUUUACAUUCCUACGUGCCAUGCAGAACGAUAGCUUCCUGAGAGACAACCCACAGGCGUGGGCCCAAGAAAGGAUUGCACAGUAAGGGUAGUAUUGCAGUAGUGAGAGUAUGCGGUAUGUUAGGAUAUCUAUGUUCUACCUACUGCAACGAUUUGUUCAUAUCCCUCUGGGCAAUCUCGAUUCCUGAACGGGAAAGGAGAGCCCACCUAGGCUUGAUUCAAGUUUGCAAAGCAACCGCCGGCGAGAACUAGGAGUUAGAUAGUAAACACUCA